GAGCCCUGCCACAAGCCUUCGUGAUCUUGUGAGAGCUGCUGGUUCGGUGGGUGUUCACUUAGAAGUUCACUGCUCAUGGCGUUGCGACGUGUGAGUGUAGAGGAGCUGCGAUGGUGCAAGCACCAACACGCGUAUCUACGUGGAGCCUUCUUCCUUCAGCUUGGCACAGGCAACCGGAGCAAGAUGACCCACGUGAAGAGCAUAAUAGCUGGCCCACGUCCAGUUGUGCUGGCGGGUCCAUCUGGGGCCGGAAAAUCAACGCUGCUUCAACAGCUGCUUAAAGAAUACAAGGAUCAGUUUGGAUUCAGUGUUUCGCACACUACAAGGAAUCCACGACCACAAGAAGAAAAUGGCAGAGAGUAUCAUUUUGUAACAAGAGAACUUAUGAAGACAGCAAUAGAAAAUGGAGAGUUUAUCGAACAUGCAGAGUUUUCAGGGAAUCUCUACGGCACGAGUAAGAAAGCCGUCCGUGAGGUUCAGCGGGCGGGGAGAAUAUGCAUGCUGGACAUCGAUAUGCAAGGCGUUCGCUCAGUGAAGAAGACCGACCUCAAUCCAAAGUACAUCCUAAUAAAACCACCAUCAUUGGCUUCUCUGGAGGAACGGUUGCGUGGGAGAGGUACAGAAAGUGAAGAGAGUCUCAGCAAACGAUUAGGUGUAGCAGAUGAAGAAAUGAAAUAUGGUGAAAUGGCAGGAGUGUUCGAUUAUGUGAUAAUCAAUGAUGACGUAGAGAAGGCUUACCAGGAACUAACGGAGGCAUUAAGUGAGGAAAUCAAACAAGCUUGCAAGCAAAAGAACACUCUCUCAAAUGGUACGGGUGGUCACAAUGGCAUCAAGGGUUGAGAGAGUCUCUAGUGCUGAGCGAUUGUAUUUGCUUCAGACUCCUAGACAACAGGAUCUCAGUGUCAUCUUCUCUAGAUGCGAUGGAAAUAAUGGUACCAGCCAUGCGUGUGAGGUGUACCAUCUCAUUCAAUUUAUUUAACCCAACAAGUUUAUUCGACUCUAAAUGAAAUGGGUAGAGUAGAAAAAUUUUAUAUUAAAAAAAGAGUAUUGGAAACACUUCAUAUUAAACAUUCACAAUGAACCUGUCAACUUGUCGUUUACAUGUGAAAGGUGCCCUAUUUAUGCGAAUGUUUUAUUCCUCCGAUUGGGUGCAUAUUAUAAUUUUUCACCCAAUUUGUAAUAAAUGAACUUAUUUUGCCAUGUCACUCCAUUAAAUUUUAUUCUAUAUUUUCCCGCUUUUUUUUAGAUUUUCCGGUAAAAAUGGCCAAAACGUUUACAUGUAUGUGUGUUCAAGUCGGUAAUUAUUAUUAGAAAGGGCGGGUUUGUUUCAGUGCUUUUCAUUAAAAAAAAAACAAUAUUAUGACAAAUGUUGCAAGUUGACAAAAAGUUCGUCACAUAAAUUAGAAUGGAAUAUGCCUAAUUUGUUAAAUUCUCUACCUGACAGAUUGGAAAGUUUCCCUCUAUGCGAUAAAUAUACAUGACAUAAUGGACGUUUGGGUGUGACUUGCAUCUGUGGAAAUAAUGUAACAAUUGUGAUUACUAAAUGUAUAAAUUGCAGUUAAUGAUUUGCACACAGGAUAUGCAAUUUACUUGAGGCCAACAUUUCAUGGGUAGCCGUGCCACAGUUUAUUAUAAUUUAUUGUUUUACCAGUCGAAGUUUGUGUUAGAAGGUUAGAAGUUUGUACUGUAAAUAAUCGUAAACGUCCAGCUUACACAGUAUGGAUGUGAGUCCGGUACAUAGUAUCAAGAAGUGUUAUGAUAGUAUAUAUUUCAUCGUUAUGAACAUGCCAUUUAUCAAUACGUGUGCACGAGUCGUUAUGGGAACAAGGUUAAUUAACAUGGCUGUGGUAUAUGUAAUUAAACACCUUAAUACGAUGUUCUUACCUUAUACAUUAUACAUCCAGUAGUGAAGGCAAUUAAACGUCUCAUUUUUAGUUCACGACUAAAAGUCCACGAUUACGAACAUUCGUGAGAAAUUACUAAAUUUUCGUGCAAAACUUUGGCAAAUUGGCCUAUUCGUGUUGAGCUAUUGACAUGGAGCUGUAAUCAAUUUGUUGUGAUAGGGGUAUUCGAGCAACAGUUUUGGAGUCUACUUGUGAAAAACGCGUAUAAACGGGCCUCGCUUGAUCUACCUAACUCUAUAUCGAAAGUGGAGAAUAGUUCGACUUCCAAUGAAGAGAUUAAUUGUUUGAUUAUGGUUCAAACAUGGUUUGGUUUGUAGGUGUGGGUUGGAGUUCACAUUCGUAAAUAGUAAAGAAAUAAAGGUCUGUCGUUCCAUGUUCGUAACUCAAGUCUGUCGUCAAGUAAUGUCUGUCGUUACAGGGUGUUUAUUAAGUGUAACAAUUUUUGUUUUUUGUUCUAGCAUUUAAUAAUGUACGUCAGUAGAAUAUUAACAAUAAUUCCUUGUUGCUUAGUUAGACCAUAUGUGGAUGUAUAAUUUACGAAGCAUAUGAAAUGCGUCUAUUACUGAGCAAACUACUGAUUCCAUGGAUUCUGCGUGAUCUAAAAUCAUAGAUGUGUAUAAUAAAAUAAAUUUUAGUUAAUGACAUGCAGGUACUGAUACUAAUCCCCAUGUUACAUUGAAUAGUUUCAAACUGUAUUAGUAAUAAUAUUGUAAUGUUGAUAAAUUAGAAUGGACCAAGCGUUAGCCAAAAUCAUGUAGCGCCUGUAAACAAUAGACACCUGUAAACAAUCGCGUGUUUGUUGGUAUAAUUUUCAGUAUUAAAUUCACGAAGGCUCGGCUAUUUCAUGACUAAUAUAAAUGCGUGCAUACUUGGUGAUUAUGUGUUUUUAUUAUCUUGUUGUUUUGUGGUUAAGAUAGUAAGUGCUCUGUCUGGUAUUACGUAUCAUCGUCAGUGAUAUUGAUUGUAUAAUAACCAUAGUCUGUAAGUGUUGUACCAGUGGCGCAAUGAAAUUAUUGUUUAUAUAAUAUGCAUAGGUAUUAUUGAAUAAAUCGAAAUAAUAUACCAGAGCUUUUGUGACAA